UCCAAUCUUCAACUGAACCAUCCAACCAUUGAAGACAUCUAUUUCCAGACAGACAAACAAACAAACAGAAUCAUCAAAAGACACCAAUCUCUUACAUCAUGUCUUCCCUCAACACCCCCAACUUCGACGCUCCUCGUUCCAAGAGCAGCCGCGCCGGCUCAGACGCAAGCUCCAUCUCCGCAGACUCGGACACCUUCACCCACAGAAGGGCAGUCUCUACAGACUGCCCGCGCCCCUCGAAGCGCAAGUCCUCCCACUCCCAGACCGUCAAUGUCUACACCCACUGCGGGCGCCACAGCUCGCAGUUCCUGUUCGGCGGCCGUUCCCUCACGGACAUGGCCCGCAGCGUCUUCAAGAAGGACUAGGUUGUCGUUAGGUUGAAGUGUCUGAUAUUUCGAGAGGGAAGCCCAAAACACCCAUCAGAGGCGCUUCCAGAAAUCGAGAUUAAAACACCGAUACCAAAAAAACAACACGACGACCUGGUCGGCAGCAAACCGCCGUCCCUUCGCCGUCGCCGUACGCGAUCGGACCGCGAGAGCCCCGUCAAGGAAUCGGCGAGACCGGUGGGGCCCCACAAGGCUCAAGGAACCGGCACGCGGCUUCAGACGCCAAGCGGGAAACCGCAAAAUUCGGCCUCCGAUCCCCAGUCCUCAUCCCCCCCCC